AUGUCGAUCUUCGAGUACAAUGGGAGUGCACUGAUCGCAAUGGUGGGCAAGAACUGCUUCGCCAUAGCCAGCGAUCGGCGCCUCGGUGUUCAGCUCCAGACCGUCGCCACCGACUUCAAGAGAAUCAACCAAGUCCACGAUAGGCUCUUCAUCGGCCUCUCUGGCCUCGCCACCGAUGCUCAGACUCUGUAUCAGAGGCUGAUGUUUCGCCACAAGCUGUACCAGCUGAGGGAGGAGAGGGAUAUGAAGCCCGAGACUUUUGCCAGCCUCGUCUCCGCUAUUCUUUAUGAGAAAAGGUUUGGCCCAUACUUCUGUCAGCCUGUAAUUGCUGGGUUAAGUGAUGAAGACAGACCAUUCAUCUGCACCAUGGAUUCAAUUGGGGCCAAGGAACUAGCAAAAGAUUUUGUUGUUGCUGGUACUGCAUCAGAGUCCCUUUAUGGUGCUUGUGAGGCAAUGUUCAAGCCUGAUAUGGAAGCAGAGGAGUUGUUUGAGAUUGUCUCUCAAGCAUUGCUUUCAUCAGUAGAUCGAGACUGUCUGAGUGGUUGGGGAGGCCACGUCUUUGUUGUCACACCAACUGAAGUGAAGGAGAGAAUCUUGAAGGGAAGAAUGGAUUGA